GCGAGGUUAGUGGCAGUUCAGUUCGGAGAGGCACAGUAAUGCUUUUUAUAAAUUAUUAUAUUGUAAACGGGAAAUUUAUGGAAAAAAUACUAAUACGGGAGGACGGCGGGAAAGAGGGGUAAAAUAAGGUAGUUUCCACGCCAAAACGGUAGACUUGACAGCAGGGGCGGAUGAUCUAGGAUGUCAGGAGAUCCGGGGCUUAUGCCGCGUUCCAUUUACCUCGGAAAUCGGAAGUCGGAACUGGGAAUUACGUCACAGCCAAGUUAAGCGUUCCAGCAGAUCCAUGCGUUCCAGUUACAAAGUCGGAAAACAAGAUGGCCGCGUCCACGAAAGCUGUUCUAGCUCUUGCCUUGUCCGAAUACAAGCAACUUCUGGACAAAUAUGCGGUCAUUCUGCAACUUUACAACACGGUGGAUGAAGAGGAAACAGAUAUGAGCGAAAGAAUAUUUGACGUACUGCAGCCUGAACAGCGAAUUAUACUGAAGACUGGAACAGAGUGGCUGAACAUGGAUGAUCACACUUUUGCACGCAAUUUCCAUGUCACCAAGCCCCAGUUUCAACAUCUGUUGAUGAAGCUGCAGGACAAUGGUAUUGAUAAAGAACACCGUGAAGGUCUACCACCAGUCCCCGCUACAAAGAAGGUGCUGAUGUUCCUGUGGUUCAUGGCCAACCAAAACAGUUUACGUGAGAUGUCUGAUAAGUUUGAUGUGUCACAGUCCACAGCACAGAGGAUCAUCCUACAAGCGCUCAACAUCAUGUCCACAAUGGGAUUAUCCUUUAUAUUCUGGCCAAAUGCCUGUGAGAAAGCAGCAUCUGCUGCUGCUUUCCACCGCCUCUGUGGCCUCACUGGUGUCAUCGGUGCUAUUGAUGGAUGCCACUUCAGGAUGCAAAGGCCACCAAUAAGAGGAGGAGACUACAUGAACUGCAAGUCAUUUUAUUCUGUCCUCCUCCAGGGGAUUGUGGAUGAGAGGGGGCGAUUUAUUAACAUUUUUGCUGGACCACCAGGGAAGGUCCGUGAUGCCAGGAUGUUGAGGGCCUCUAAUUUCUACACAACAUGGGAGGAGAAGAUGGGUGACUACACCUUACUGGCAGACAGUGCCUACACUGGACAGGAAUUCCCUUUUGUCAUCUCUCCUAAGCUUGACAAUGGGGCUCUAACUGAGGCCGAGGAGCUGCAGAACUCCAGUAUCAGCCGCGGGAGGGUGGUCGUAGAGCAAGCCUUUGGACGGAUGAAGUGCAAGUGGAGGCGCCUACGAGAUCUGCAGAACACGCGGAUUGAUGGAGUCGUGAUGAUCAUAAUGGCAGCUUGUUUUCUGCACAACAUGUGCAUUGAUGCUUCAGAGAUCUGUCAGGAACACCCAAAUGGAUGCCCAAGACAGGCAGAUGAAAAUGAGUAGAAGUACGAAUAAUAGACUGCUGUCAUAAGUGUUUUUACAUUGUGUUGUAAACUUUUUCUCCUACCAA